UCCAGACACUCCCUACGACUUCACACUCCUGGCAUUUGCUUUGGCCGCGACAAUUCCAUUCAUCGUGGCGAAUGGCGCGCUCUUCGCCCAUCGCGGGCGCUCCUACUUUCGAGCGCAGGGAGGUGUGUAUCUCAUCUUAGGGAGUUCGCUAGCGGGCUUAGUCUGGAUAGCAGCCCAGCCCAGUUCGUCAACAAUGACCACUUCAGCAGGAUCGGGCCGCUCAGGAGCUGCUUGCUGUGGACGUUCUGGCUCCAGGGGACGGCUAUUUGCCUGUGGUUCGUGCUCACUAUUCUCCGGCUUGCUCGGAUGUACGAGCUCAGCAAGAACAUCGACAACUGGUCGUGGAAAUACUACGUUUUCGUCGCCCUGUGCCUGCUUCCCAACGUCAUCCUGUCCACCGUUGCUAGCUUGAGUGACUUCCAUGAACACGAGAGAAGCGUUCGGUUGUGCAAGCUAAGCAAGAACUGGAAAACCACCGUCUUCUCCGUGUAUACUCCAUACUGGCUGGUGCUCAUCUUCGUCAUCUAUCAGCUGCGCAACCAGGAGGAUCCACUGCUAUCUACCGAGUACAGGGACACUGUGGACUACUUGGCUGUGACUAUCGUCAUUAUCAUGCUCGCCAGCAUGGCGGAUGUGACGUUAACUAGCGAUACUAUCCCAGGCAGAUGCGCCCUAACGUUUUCAACAUGCUGCCUCGUGUUCUUCAACUUUUGGAUACGCUUCGGGUGGCCGAUUUAUCUGUGUCUCUUCAGGCCCAAAGAGGAGAUGGACAACUUCGAGCAGGAGCUAACUUACGGUGGUGCCCAAGCUCUGGACAUGGUUUACAGCCAAAGGAUACACUUCCCUUCCUGUGAAGGUGCUAUUUGGGAAGCUUUCUCCAAAGCUAGUGACGAUUGGGACAGAUACAAGGAUGAAAUACGGAAGCUGCAAUUGCAGAAAGCGUUGCUGGAAGGGAAGAUCCUAGAGUUACAAGUGCAGAAGAGAAAAGCACUUGGAUCUGGUCACUGUUAAAGUUAUGCUAUCUUAAUUGACUCUUUUCUUUGUUU